GUAUUUAUAUUUAGUUACAUUUGAACUAUGGCUUUAUUUAUCGGUACUAGUAUAUGAGAUAAGACCUUUGAUAUACUAGGUGUAAAUGUUACGAAAAGAGCAUUCAUUAUAUUGAACAGUUUCUAUGGAAACAUGACAAUGUAAAAAUAAAAAAGUUCGGUUUCCUAUAUUAUAUAUUUAUAAUCUGUCCAGGAGAUAUAUUUAGUAAAAGAAUAAAAACAAUUGCGUUGUUUAAGACAUUACGAAUUUUCUAUCAUUAUCAUUACACUAUCAAGUGAAUUUGUAUACAAUUUGUGUAAAGAAGACUUCAAUAAUAUUUAAUUAUUUGUUGCUGCUUACAAGGAAGUCAUUUAUCACCAGAAUUCUGAGAAAAACAUAAGAUGGGGUGUAGAAAUAUAAGAUGUACGAUCGGCAAUUGGAUAUUGGGUUUAUAUCUGGCACAAGGCCUUGUUUUAGCUGCCAUCGGCCUUGUUGGGGUCAUUACAAGCACGUGCUCUGACGUAGACAGUGUCCGCAUGAAAGGAAUACAUAUAUUGCUCAUAUGUUUCGCUUGUUUUCAUUUGUUACCAAGCUUGUUUUACAUCAUUACCAUCAGACCAUGUAAUACUGAAAAUAAAGAGAUCAAGAUCUUCAUUGCAUACUUUUUAUGGGGUUGUCUGAUAGGCGGCCUUACAAGCUAUCAAGCUGUACAAACGUAUGAGUAUAAUCAGGCGUUUACUCCGGAUGUGUUGUACACAAUUAUUAUGACAGGGCUAGUAGAUUUGGUGGUAAUCAUUAUAAACGCGCUACAUAUUGUGAAGUUUUGCCGGAAUGAAGAAAACGAUGAAUUGCCGGAAAAGCUAGUUGAAGAUUGAAUGACUUGUAUCAGAUAAAAGCAUUAGAAAGUUUCGGACUUUUGAAAAUUUGAGGUGCCAUUGAAGCUGUUUAAUACAUAUAUUAAGUAAAACGACUGUGACAAAAUCAGUUUAUUUUUGCUAAAGCUCAUAUUUAAAUAUCUUAAUAUUUAUGUACUACAUGUACUUUUGACUUUAUGUCAUUAUGAUAAAUGUAUGUAUUACAUGGAAGUUAUUUUUAAUAAGCACUAAGGGAGAUGUAAAUAUUCAAGCCAACUAUUUAUAUAUCAUGAUAAAUGUUUUGGAAAGCUAUUUCACCUAUAUUUAGAAAUCGUUUUUUGUUGUUUUUUUUUGUUGUUGUUGUUUUGUUUUUUUUUAAUUACAAACAAUUUUGUCUUCGGUAUUUUACAUUUUAUCUUUAAUCAAAGAACUUUCAAUUUUCUUUUAAUUAGGGACCAUACGCCGCUUUUCAUGGAAUGGCACUACUGUGUAACGUUGAAGGUUCCAUGAUCACCGCCGUAUAAACAGAUCUGCGGCUGUUUCUUAAUUCAAAAUUUGACCAUUUUCGUGUUUAAAUUUUGAAUUCUGCUUAAGCCGGUGCUAGGGGUUGUGGCCGGUAACUUGCACUUUCCAGUACCGUCCAUGAGCCUGCAACAUUGUCAAUUUUGCCGUGUUGGGCUUUCUUUAGGGAUUCUGUUUUUCUCUACUCUAUUUCAAUUUAUCCGAAUAUAAAUGCAAAUUGGAAAAAGCUAAUUAAGUCAACUCUCAAAUACUGAUUUCAGUGUCCAAGCCUCUAUAAAACUGCAGAAGUCUAAUUGUUGAUGCUCAAUUCGUAGGAGCUUUUAUCACUUAUUGACAUAAUUGAAAAUAGGAAUUUAAUUCUUUGACAGAUUUUAAAUUGCUGUAAAAUGUU